AUGGAAACUAGGUAUAUCGACGACCAAUUCGGGGACUUGGUCACUGGUACGCUCCCAACAUACAAUCCUGUAAAUGGUUGGACACAGGGUGCGGACUGUACUGGGUGUGGAUUUCAUCCAGAUGCUCAGCGAGCAUUUAAUCAAUCGUGGUAUGAUACUACGCAUCAUACGACCGACGAGACAAGGUCAGUUCAAUUCGGCUUCACAGGUACUUCCCUGGAUGUGUUCUGCAUAAUCCCAAACCCCUCCAAUCCAGGACUCACUUCGACCUACAAUCUCACGUUUGAGCUGGAUGGCCAACCCCUCGAGCAAACGUUUACACAUGAAAGCGACUCGUCAAAUGUCUUUUUGUUUAACACCAGUGUGCUGUCCUUGGAAAACUUGACCCUGGCUCCUCAUAUGUUCGUCAUGCUGGCCGCAUCGACGGUUGUCAAUUCGACAUUGCUGUUUGACUAUGCGAUGUAUACGUGA